GUCUAAUUAAACUGGCACCACGUAAUCCUUCCUUCACUAUCCCUCCUUUAAAUCCACUAGAGCGCUGCUGUUUGCCGAACCGAUACUCCCUGCAUCCUCUAUGCAGCUAGUUCUCUCUCGGGGCAUCUGACAUGGUUUGUCGGGCACGGCAGCAGUAGUCAAACAGUAGCUUUGGAUAGGGCGCAAGCCACACGGAUCUCCUUUUUACUCAUUUUAACAGUGGCUAUUCAUAGAGAGGACCUCCAGAUUUUUGUAUACGAUUUGACCUGGGCUUCAGUGCUGUCACUGUGACCACAUAGACUUGUCACCAUGGGAAAGCAGAACAGCAAGCUCCGGCCAGAGGUAUUGCAGGACCUACGGGAGAACACAGAGUUCUCCGACCAUGAGUUGCAGGAGUGGUAUAAGGGAUUCUUAAAGGAUUGCCCUAGUGGUACACUCAAUGUUGAAGAGUUCAAGAAGAUAUAUGCUAAUUUCUUCCCAUAUGGAGAUGCCUCCAAGUUUGCAGAGCACGUCUUCCGCACCUUCGACUCCAAUGCUGAUGGAACAAUAGAUUUCCGGGAGUUCAUCAUUGCUCUUAGUGUUACAUCACGUGGGAAACUAGACCAGAAGCUGAAGUGGGCCUUCAGCAUGUACGACCUGGACGGCAAUGGCUACAUCAGCCGUGAUGAAAUGCUGGAGAUUGUUCAGGCCAUCUAUAAAAUGGUGUCCUCUGUGAUGAAGAUGCCUGAGGAUGAGUCUACACCAGAGAAGAGGACUGACAAGAUUUUCAGACAGAUGGACCUCAACAAUGAUGGUAAGCUCUCACUGGAGGAGUUCAUUAAGGGUGCCAAAAGUGACCCCUCCAUCGUGAGGCUACUUCAGUGUGACCCCAGCAGCGCCUCACAGUUCUGAGCCACAAGCAACAAGCAAACCAUGCAUGAAGGUUUUCAUCUCAUCGUUCUAAUUUGUGUUCCUGUUGAGUUUUAAGACCGCAGCAUCAGCUGAAGCGCAAUUGUUUUUAUUAAAGGACAUGCAUAUGUAAAAUGGAAAAAACACACACCUGCCAAGCCAUCUGUCCUCCGCAUGUCACUUGUAUGUUUCUCUUUCCUGAGGUCAGAGCUUAAAGUUCACCCUGUGCUCGGCGCCUCCCCCAUGGCCAGCGGUCAAUGCCAUGACACCCCAACAUCCAUCUAUAUUUGGAUUUUUGGAAGCGCAAAAAGACAACCCUUCCUUGGGAAUCGUGCAUGGACUCCCCUGCUUUAGUGUUUCAGUUAAGACCUGAUUUUGUUCCCUCCAAAUGCACAGAUCCCUCUUGAAUGUUAUAUCCAUUGUUGCUGAAUAUGCACAACCAGUAAUGAAAAAAGCAAGAGAAGCAAUGAGAAGAAAUAGCAGAAUUCUGUACACAGAUCUUCAGAAGCAGCUCUCCACAGCAGUAUUAUGUAGCUCCAGUCUGGACCCUUUCCCAAACCUGCCGCUCAAAUGGUAUGGACUACAAUGGACUGAGUUGGACACAAUGCCAGAAUUCUCUCAUGUCAACACGCUGAUGAUCUUUCCUCAGAAAAUAAGAGAAGGCUGAAGAUUGUGAUUUGUUUAUUUUUUGUACAUAUCACUUUUCUCCUUUUUAUUUUAUUUAUUUAUUUUAGCAUAUUCUGUAUUUUUAUUGUGUCAUGGAUGGUGAUAUUCAGACAGCAGUUUAGCUGCGAUCUGUAUGUAUCAGUGGAUCCAGGUUCUGGUCCAGUUUAUUCAUUCAGUUUGUUGGGGAAUGUUGACAUUACAAAUGUUUCCGUGAUAUUUGCACCAGGGAAUGCACUGCAUUGCUCUCUUAUUUCUGCAUAUCAAUCUCAGAGCUUCAAGUGACCAUAUACCAGUAUGUGAGUACGCUUGUGCAUUUGUGUACAUGUAUAUGAUUACUUCUGUUCAAUUUUUUUUUUGUGUGUGUGUGUGUGUGUGUGUGGAGGGGGGUUGUUGUCUGGGCUAAUUUUACAGUAUUAUCAAUUGCAUUGUUUAAAGUACUGUAUAUGUAGGCAUCAGUAAGUUAAUUUAAUUUCCCCACUAUGAGCAACUCUUCACACCAUUUCUGUUGGUUUUACACACCCCGAUAAUUAUGAAAUGACUGUAGCUCGAGCCAGGCUUUAAACAACACAGAUGGUACUGUACUUCACAUCUCCAGUAAAAUUGUAGUUUUACUCUUCUCCACCUUAGUUAUUUCCUACAGACACCUCACUCUGAGAGUUGCCACCAAGGGCUUACUCCACUUUUUGAAAGGGAAAAAAAAAAAAAAAAUCACGGCUUUCAUCUACAUUCCCCUUCAAACAGCUGCUUGCAGCCGCAGAACAGUACUCUCCCUUGGCAUAACUUUCUUUAGGCCCUGCAGUUCUGUAGUUGGUCCUGCCUCUUGUGUUCUGUGAUGGUGCUUUUGUUUGCACAGUUAAAGUAGUUUGUCAUCUCUUUUGUGUAGUUCUACACAUUGCUUCCAUAUUUGUACCAAGAUUUCUGAUACCUAUGUUGAGUAUCUUAUUUUUCUGUUGCAUGAAAGUCCUCAUAUGAGGAGACCACCACAGUCCCUUUUUUCCUCAAUUAAUGACAAAUAUACUUAUGUGUUUGACA